GCUUGCAAUUAUCUCCCUUUCCUGUGCUCUUUGCAAUCACGUACCUUCCUUCAUUUCCUUUCAUUUCUUCCAUUACAAACCAGAGAAAACAUGGCUGAGGCCUUAGUGGGAGGAGCGUUUCUCUCUGCCUUCCUCAAAGUGUUAUUUGACAGAAGGGCGUCUCGCAAGUUCAUUGACUUCUUUCGGGGGCGAAAAGUCACUGAUGGACUCUUAGAAAAGUUGGAGACAAUGUUGCGGUCCGUGAAUGCAGUGCUCGAAGACGCGAAGGAGAAGCAAGUUACAAAACCUGAUGUGAACAAGUGGCUCGAUGACCUGAAAGAUGCUGUGUAUCAUGCAGACGACAUCUUGGAUGAGAUUGCUACUAAAGCCUUGCGCCUCGAGGUGGAUGCUGAAUUUCAAACUGCUGCAAGUAAGGUACGAACCCUAAUCUCUACUUCUUCCUUUUUCAAGAAGAUAGAACCGAAGAUUAAAGAUGUACACGAAAGAUUGGAAUUUCUAGCGAAACAAAAAGAGCAUAUGGGUCUGAGAGAAGGUGUUGGAGGAGACUCAUCAAAAAGAUUGCCCACGACUUCUUUGGUCCAAGAAUCUGGUAUUUUUGGUAGGAAUGAUGAUAAGGAAAAAAUAAUAAGCAAACUGUGCUCAGAUGAUGCAACAGGCAACGAAAAUCCAUGUGUGAUUCCAAUAGUCGGCAUGGGAGGAAUUGGCAAGACCACCCUUGCUCAGCUUGUAUACAAGGACAAGUGGGUGAAGGACAAUUUUGAUCUUAAGGCUUGGGUUUGUGUUUCGAAUGAGUUUGACGUGUUCAGGGUAACUAAAACAGUUCUAGAGGCAAUGACUUCGUCAACUAGUGAUAUCAAAGAUCUAAAUCUGCUUCAAGUUACACUAGAGGAGAAAUUGGUAGGGAGGAAAUUCCUACUUGUUUUAGAUGAUGUAUGGAAUGAGAAUUCUGAUAAUUGGGAUGCCUUAAGCAGUCCAUUUAAAUCUGGGGCAAUAGGAAGUACAAUCAUUGUAACAACACGCAAUGAAGGUCUUGCAUCAAUUAUGGGCGCUGUUUCGAUUGAUCGUCUAAAGCCGUUACUGGAAGAAGAUUGUUGGUCACUAUUUGCAAAACAUGCAUUCCACGAUUAUAACUCUGAUGCACGUCCAAAGCUAGAAGUAAUAGGUAAACAAAUUGUGAAAAAGUGUAAAGGUCUACCUUUAGCGGCCAAGACAAUUGGGAGUCUCUUACGAUUUAAACUAGAUAUUAAUGAGUGGGAGAAGAUAUUGAAGAGCGAAUUAUGGGAUUCGCCAAUAAACAAGACAAACAUUCUUCCAGCUUUAAGAUUAAGUUACAAAUAUCUUCCCUCACAUUUAAAGCAAUGCUUUGCUUACUGUUCAAUAUUUCCUAAAGAUUAUGUUUUUGAAAAAGAUGACGUAGUCUUUCUAUGGAUGGCAGAAGGUUUUCUAGAAGAAACUAGAAACAAAACAAUGGAAGAAAUUGGUCAUGAAUACUUCCUUGAUCUAGCAUCAAGAUCGUUGUUCGAGCAAUCAAGUGAUGAUAUAUCAAGUUUUGUAAUGCAUGAUCUUGUUAACGACUUGGCAACUUUUGUAUCUGGACAAUUUACCUUUAGAUUGGAUGAUGACCAUUCUCAGGAAAUUAUGAACAAGACUCACCAUUUUUCGUAUGUCAGAAGCAAAUAUGAUAACUAUAAGAAGUUUGAGUCUCAUUACAAGGCUACUCGAUUGCACACAUUCCUACCAUUGAAGUUGCCACGAAGAUACGAGUACUUCUUCUUAUCUAAAAGAGUACUACUUGAUUUACUGCCAAAGCUAAGAUGCUUGCGGGUGCUCUCUCUAUCUCACUAUCGAAAUAUGACUGAGUUGCCCGAAUCAAUUGGCAAAAUUAAGCAUCUACGUUAUUUGAACCUUUCUUCCACUGCAAUUAAAAGGUUGUCUGAUUCCAUAUGUAAGUUGUACAAUUUACAAACAUUAAAUUUAUCAGGUUGUAAAGAUCUUUCUGUAUUGCCAAUAGAGAUGCAAAAACUCAUUAAUUUACGUCAUCUUGAUAUCAGCGGAACAACCAUAAAAGAGAUGCCAAUGCAGCUAGGCAGACUAAAAUGUCUACAAACAUUAACUAAAUUUAUUGUCAGCAAACAUAGUGGGGCUUCCAUUGAAGAGUUGGAAAAUUUUGCAAAUCUUCGAGGAAAGCUUUCUAUUUUAGAGCUCCAAAACGUUGUAUCUCCUAUGGAUGCUCUGAAAGCAUGCUUGAAAGAUAGGAAGUACCUUGAGGAGUUGGUGUUGGAAUGGAAUGCAUCUAAUAUUUCAGAAUGUCAAAUGUCUUUACUUGACAAUCUUCGGCCCCAUAGUAACUUGAAAAGUCUCACUAUCAAUAACUAUGGCGGUGAAAGUCUUUCAGAUUGGAUUUGGCAUCAUUCAUUCUCUAAUAUAGCAUCCCUUCGCCUAGAAAAUUGCAAAUGUUGUCAUAACUUGCCACCACUUGGAUGGCUACCCUGUUUGAAAGACCUCUAUGUUCUUGGGUUUGAACGUGUUGUUAAUGUGGAUCUUGAGUUUUAUGGCAGCGAUUCUUCAACAGUUAAACCAUUUGGAGCCCUUCAAAAUCUAAGGUUCGAGCGAAUGUUAAAUUUGGAGGAAUGGUCUUCUUUUGGUGCCGAAAAUGAAGAUGGAGCUUUUUGUCGACUUCGAGAGCUUUAUAUUUAUAAUUGUCCUAAGUUAAAAGCAGGGCUACCCGUCCAUCUUCCUUCUUUAGCGAAAUUUGAGAUUCAUGAAUGUCCUCAGCUGGUAGCUUCACUCCCAAGGGCUCCUGUUGUACGCGAAUUGCAGCUGAGAGAUUGUAACGAGGUUCUGUUAAAGGAAUUGCCAACUAAAUUGCGAAAGCUCACAAUUGGAAGAUUUGACGCACUAGAGUCCCUUCCCAUGGGAAUGGUGGCCUCCAACAACUGUCUUUGUAAAGACCAAGAAAAUAAAUAG